AUGGAAAACAAGGAAUUAGAAGAAAGAAAGAAAAUUGAAGAGAUUGGCAAGAUGACUGCCUUGUCUCAGGAGGAAAUUAUCUCCAACACCAAGACAGUUAUACAGGGUCUGGAUACUCUGAAGAAUGAGCAUAAUCAAAUACUCAAUAGUCUUCUGACUUCAAUGAAAACCAUCAGAAAGGAGAAUGGAGAUACUAACUUGGUGGAAGAGAAAGCAAAUAUCCUCAAGAAAUCUGUUGAUUCAAUUGAACUGGGCCUUGGAGAAGCUCAGGUGAUGAUGGCGCUUGCUAAUCAUCUUCAGCAUACUGAAGCUGAAAAACAAAAACUUCGAGCUCAAGUACGCCGAUUGUGUCAGGAGAAUGCCUGGCUCAGAGAUGAAUUAGCAAACACACAGCAAAAACUUCAGAUGAGUGAGCAAAAGGUGGCCACAAUUGAAGAAGAAAAGAAACACCUAGAAUUCAUGAAUGAAAUGAAGAAAUAUGAUACAAAUGAAGCUCAAGUGAAUGAAGAAAAAGAAAGUGAACAGUCGUCACUUGAUUUGGGCUUUCCAGAUGAUGAUGAUGAUGGAGGUCAGCCUGAAGUUUUGUCACCUACCCAACCCAGUGCAAUGGCACAAGCCGCAAGUGGUGGUUAUGAAAUUCCAGCACGACUUCGUACACUACAUAACCUUGUUAUUCAGUAUGCUUCUCAGGGGCGUUAUGAAGUGGCUGUGCCACUCUGCAAGCAAGCCCUUGAGGAUCUGGAGAAAACUAGUGGCCAUGACCACCCUGAUGUUGCCACUAUGUUAAAUAUCUUGGCUCUAGUUUACAGAGACCAGGGCAAAUAUAAGGAAGCUGCCAAUCUACUGAAUGAUGCUCUUGGCAUCAGAGAGAAAACUUUAGGACCUGAUCACCCAGCUGUUGCUGCUACUUUAAAUAAUUUGGCAGUAUUAUAUGGGAAGCGGGGUAAAUACAAGGAUGCUGAACCACUCUGCAAAAGGGCACUUGUUAUUCGAGAGAAGGUUCUUGGAAAAGACCACCCAGAUGUUGCUAAACAACUAAACAAUCUGGCUCUCCUUUGCCAGAAUCAAGGAAAAUAUGAAGAGGUUGAACGUUAUUACCAGCGUGCAUUAGAAAUUUACCAAAAGGAACUGGGACCAGAUGAUCCAAAUGUUGCAAAAACCAAAAAUAACUUGGCAUCAGCAUAUUUGAAACAAGGAAAAUACAAACAAGCUGAAAUUCUGUAUAAAGAAGUACUUACCAGAGCACAUGAGAAAGAAUUUGGCAAAGUUGAUGAUGACAACAAACCUAUCUGGAUGCAAGCUGAAGAAAGAGAAGAGAACAAGGCCAAAUACAAAGAUGGGUCCCCUCAACCUGAUUAUGGAAGUUGGCACAAAGCUGUUAAAGUGGACAGGAUGACAGAGCAUGGUGACAACAGAAGGGGACACCAGAGCCCAACUGUAACUACAACCCUAAAAAACUUAGGGGCACUUUACCGAAGACAAGGAAAAUAUGAAGCUGCAGAAACACUAGAGGAGUGUGCUCUAAGAUCAAGAAAAAAUGCUCUGGAAGUAGUCAGGCAGACCAAAAUUUCUGAUGUUCUAGGCAGUGAAUAUUCUAAGGGCCAAUCCCCAAAAGACAGGAAACGUUCUAACAGCAGAGAUCGCAAUCGUCGAGACUCAAUGGAUAGUGUCUCAUAUGAGAAAAGUGGUGAUGGUGAUGAAAAUGGGAAACUUAAACGCAGUGGCUCAUUUUCCAAACUGAGAGCUUCCAUAAGACGUAGCAGUGCUAAACUGGUCCAGAAACUGAAGGGCAGAGGAUAUGGAGAUUCUGACACCCCUGGCAGCAUGAAAAGAGCAAGCUCCAUGUCAGUACUUCACACAAGCAGUAAAGAAGAUAAAUUAAAUGAAAACCGUCGAUCUAUAGGAGACCUUAGUAUCCGUUGGAGAACUGCAAGCUCAGACCAGUUGUCAAGUCGGCCUUUUUGA